AUGAUCCUUAAUCAAUUUCGUUUACAAAUUUUACCUGAAAUUCGUCAUAAAAUCAAAUGGCUUGAUCUUGAAUCAUCAUCUAUGAGAUAUGUUUCACGUGGUGCCCAUUAUCUUAAUUUAUGUGGCCUCGGUCUUUACAAUGUUAAUGAAGUAUCAGCUCGAUGUCUUUUUACUGGUAAGACAAUUUCAUUCAAUCAUUUUUAUUCUAAACAAAAGCAUUUUUUUCUAACUAAUACUGUACAUAUGUAUUUAGAUGAAAUUCUUUCAUCUGAAAUUAUAAAAAAUCAAAUUACAAUACUUUUAAUUACAAUGGAUAAAAAUGAUGAUUAUGAUGAGAUGCUAUUGUCAGUGGGAAACAUGUAA